AUGGCUGGAGGGCCUGAAGAGGAAGGCCAUCAGAGACAUGGAGGAGAUGCAGUCCAGAGUCACAGAAUGAACUCAACAUUUGAUUUACAGUAUAUGAGCAUGUGUGAAGUCUACUUUAGAGUAAUGCUCACUGAGGCCUGCAGAGUGCAAGUUCAGCUGUACUGCACUGAGCGUCUGUAUAUGAUGAAGUGUUUUCAGCUUUCGUAUUUCCAACUCCUGUAUCUUCUAAUAGCAGCUUCAUUAGAAUGCGAAGUGGCGACAAAGAGAUGCUGCGAGCAGGUUCAUCAGUUGAACAUAAAUUGUUUUCAGGGUGACAGCAUGUCUAUUUCUUGCCUAACCACAACCCACCCGCUGCAGUCUCUGACAGUAAAACUGAGCAGCAUUAACCAAGAUAAAGACAUCCUAAUAUAUCCAGACUUCUUUUCAACAUCAGAGCACCAGAGAUGGUCUGUGAGGAAACAUGCUGGAAAUGUUACACUUGAUCUGAAAGACAUUAGAUUAUCCGAUGGUGGUCUUUAUGACUGUCAGGUCUACAAGGAUCGGGACUGCCUUCAUGCAAUUCGAUUUAAGCUGACUAUUAUAAAGUGUAAAAUUUUGACCUCUGUCCAUCAACCACCAGGCUCUUCAGUGUUGUUGCCAUGCUUUGAACAUCCUCUACAAAACAGAACUGAACGAGUCUCUUGGAAAGUUGUUAUUGGUCACCAACCAAUGGACAUAUCCCAGUAUCACCCACCAAACAAGCCCUCAAACAGCACAGAAAAACUCCUAAUGCCUCUGUAUGAGAGAGCAACACAACUAGCAAACGGAUCUUUGCUUAUAAGGGAUGCAGCCCACAUUGAUCAACUGUGGUAUCAGUGCAGAGUAAAUGACAGUAACUGCUAUGAAAUGAAGCUGCUGCUGAGGAAAGAUAUUGUUCCAGCCCCAGCUGACAGUAUGGUUGGCCAAACUGAAGAGAGUGCAGCAGUGACAGUUAAUCUGACAGUAGUAAUAGUGACCACAGUAGUGUCUCUGUGUGCCCUCAUAUCAUUGACCGUCUGUGUCAUUCUUUGUUUCAAAAAACGAAGGAGCAGAAUCAACAGCCAAAUGGCGACACAGAGACGCUGCAAGCAGGUUCAUUACUUGAACAAAAACUGUGUUCAGGGUGACAACAUGUCUAUUUCUUGCAUAACCACAACCCACCCGCUGCAGUCUCUGACAGUGAAACUACGCAGGACCAGCCAAGAAAAAGACAUCUUGAUCUAUCCAGAUAUCUUUCCACCAUCAGAGCACCAGAGAUGGUCUGUGAGGAAAGAUGCUGGAAAUGUUACUCUUGAUCUAAAAGACAUCAGAUUAUCCGAUGAUGGCCUUUAUGACUGUCAGGUCUACAAGGGUUGGGACUGCCUUAACAUAAUUCGAUUUAACCUAAAGGUCAAAGAGUGUAAAACUUUAGACUCUGUCCAUCCAACACCAGGCUCUUCAGUGUUGCUACCAUGCUCUGAACAUCCACUACAACACAGAACUGAACAAGUCACUUGGAAAGUUGUUAUUGGUCACCAGUCAACAGACAUAACCCAGUAUCAUCCACCAAACCGUCCCUCAAGCAGCACAGAUAAACUCCUGAGGCCUCUGUAUGUGAGAGCAAGACAACUAAAUAACGGAUCUCUGCACAUAAGGGAUGUAGCCGACAUUGAUGAAUUGUGGUAUCGGUGCAGCGUGAAUGAAAAAACCUGCUAUGAAGUGAAGCUGCUGCUGAAAGUGAUCACAGAUGCUCCAGCUCCAGGUGACAAUAUGGUUGGUCAGAGUGAAGACAACAGUGAUGAGAGUGAAGCAGUGACAAAUGAAACAGUGACAACUAAUGUGACAGUAGUAGUUAUGAUCACAAUAGUGUCUCUGAGUGUCCUCAUAUCACUGACCGUCUAUGUCAUUCUUAAAUAUUUAAAAAAACGAAGGCCCAAAACUGACAACCAAAUGGCGACACAGAGACGCUGCAAACAGGUUCAUCAGUUGAACAUAAACUGCAUUCAGGGUGACAGCAUGUCUAUUUCUUGCCUAACCACAACCCACUCGCUGGAGUCUCUAACAGUGAAACUGCACAGGACCAACCAAGAUAAAAACAUCCUGAUGUAUCCAAUCUCUCCAGCAUUAGAGCACCAGAGAUGGUCUGUGAGGAAAGAUGAUGGAAAUGUUGUACUUGAUCUGAAAAACAUCAGAUUAUCUGAUGACGGACUUUAUGACUGUCAGGUCUACAAGGAUCAGGACUGCCUUCAUGCAACUCGAUUUAACCUGACUAUUAUAACGCUCGAACUGGACACAUACAGUUUAGCUUCUGCUGGUCGGGCUCCCGGAAGGGAGGAGGACAAAAGGCCUGAAGUACGACUGGCCGUGGUGCUGAGGAGGGGACUUUAG